GGACUGGUACGACCAGUACCUCUUAGUGUGGGAGACAGCCCUUUCAGGGUAGCACUGCCGACCUGGUGAUAGAGUGGCAGUCUGCUUUUAGCAGCAGACUUAAUGGUCACUUGAUGGACGUGAACCAUCCUUGUCACCUUUCGUUCUUCAAGCAGGAUGCUUCAGAAUGGAGUGCUCUGCCCAAGCAUGCUCAUGACCAUCUCUUGGUUGAGCACAACGCUUCAUCUCAUCCCAAAAUGCUUUUCUGGCACAGUCAGCCUGAACAUUAUCACCAUCACCAGUAUCCCACUGCUAACAGCAGCUACCUGCGUGAUGUUUUGGCACUGCCUAUUUUCAAACAAGAAGAUUCCAGCCUUCCACCAGAAAAUGAGGCCCAACAUCCACCCUUCCAGUAUGUUAUGUGUGCUGCCACAUCUCCAGCAGUAAAGUUAUACGAUGAAACUCUUACAUACUUGAAUCAAGGUCAGUCCUAUGAGAUACGGAUGCUAGAUAAUCGGAAAGCUGGAGACAUACCAGAGAUCAAUGGCAAACUGGUGAAGAGUAUUAUAAGGGUUGUGUUCCAUGACAGAAGGUUGCAGUAUACCGAACACCAGCAGCUAGAAGGGUGGAAGUGGAAUCGCCCUGGGGACAGACUUCUUGACUUAGAUAUUCCAAUGUCUGUUGGAGUCAUUGAUAUCAAGACAAAUCCAAGCCAGCUCAAUGCAGUUGAAUUUUUGUGGGAUCCAACAAAAUGUACAUCUGCUUUUAUUCAGGUACAUUGUAUCAGCACUGAAUUUACCCCUCGUAAACAUGGAGGAGAAAAAGGAGUUCCUUUUAGGAUUCAGGUGGACACUUUCAAACAGACUGAAAAUGGAGAAUAUACAGAUCAUCUGCAUUCAGCCAGCUGUCAAAUUAAAGUUUUUAAGCCAAAAGGAGCAGACAGGAAACAGAAAACAGACAGAGAAAAGAUGGAAAAGCGAACUGCGCAUGAGAAGGAAAAGUAUCAGCCUUCCUAUGACACCACCAUUCUCACAGAGUGCUCACCGUGGCCUGAUACUCCUACGACAUUUGUGAACAAUAGUCCUACUCCUGCUCCAACUUUUACCUCUGCUCAGCACAAUACCUACAGUGUCCCAGACAGCAAUUCUUCCUCCCCAAAUCAUCAAGGAGAUGGAACCUCUCAAGGGUCUGGAGACCAGCUUCAUCCUUCAGCCACAAUCCAGGAAACGCAGCAGUGGUUGCUCAAGCAUAGGUUCUCUACCUAUACAAGGCUUUUUUCAAAUUUCUCAGGUGCUGAUUUAUUAAAGUUGACAAGAGAAGAUCUGGUACAAAUCUGUGGUCCAGCCGAUGGAAUUCGGCUCUAUAAUGCACUGAAAUCCAGGUCUGUGAGGCCCCGUUUGACCAUCUACGUCUGUCAGGAGCCAGUAAGGAGCAUACAACUGGAAAGACAAGAUGCAGGCAACGGUGAUAGCAGCAAUGGUGCAAUAUACGUUUAUCAUGCAAUCUACUUAGAAGAAAUGGCAGCCUCAGAAGUCACGCGCAAGCUUGCUUUGGCAUUCAAUAUUCCUUUGCAUCAGAUCAACCAGGUUUACAGACAGGGUCCCACUGGCAUCCACAUUCUUGUUAGUGAUCAGAUGGUUCAAAACUUUCAGGAUGAAAGUUGUUUCUUAUUCACCACGAUAAAAGCUGAAAAUGGUGAAGGCUUCCAUAUAAUUCUGAAGUGACGCCACACAACUGCUAGGCUGAUAUCCCAACGCUGAAUGAAAUCCUGCCUAAUACGAAGAUCAUCCAAAAACUUAGGAUCUAGCUUCACCGUAUAAGAUGUUUCAUAUUGAAAACACAAAAUGACCUUUCUAAUGAGCUGUUUGAUAGGUGAACUUUCUUGUCACUGCCAUAGCUAAGUGUCCUCAUGAGAGGUAUAAUGCCAUGACAGCUUAUGUACAGGCAUGGAAGACAAUGUAAGCACAGGUGCUUGCCCUUCACUGAAAUAAGGCAAAUUACGGCCAGUAGAUACAGUUUCUAGAGGUGAAACACUUUUGCUUCUCUAUUGCCUGUAUCCAGUUGGAGAUGAAUGUAAACUUAUUUGAGGGCAUUUACCUUUCUGUGCCAGUUUGUCUGUGACUUGCUUGUACCUUACGCUGGUUUUAUUUUUUGAUGUUAGCAGAGCACAUAUUAAUCUGUGUGGAGAUGAGUAGUUAAGCUGAUAGUGAUCAGGUCGUCGGGUCUCAGAGAGUAAAGCUGUCACGACAGCUUCUGUGUAAAUUGUGUAUAAGAGUGUAUGUAAGAAGUGUAAAUGCCAGAAUAGGGCUUUGAAGAAGUCCUAGACAGAUGCAAUAUAUGCAUGCAGCAAACUGCAUUAUUAAUAGUACCUUAUUGGAGGGAUUAAUACAAAUCCUGUGGGGUACCGAGUAAUUGUGUUUUGCUUUAACAAACUUAAUGGAAAAGAAUUGCCUAUGCAUCCUUUAUUUUUAAUUUCCUAGGCUCUCUGCAGAGCACCGCUGCAGUUUAACUCUUUGCUUGUAAAGCGUGGGGUUGAAACACGCGCAGUGAGGUGGAUCGUUCUGACUUCACGCAGUUACACUCACAGGGGAGGUUAACCCACAGGCACAGGGGGCUGCUGCUGCUUUCAGCACCACGGAGCAGCCGGCUUAAGGAACACUAAACGCGCACCCUGGGAGCCGCCUUAGCAGCAGGUAAACCCCUGCUGGAGUCGCUGUUAUGGACGAGCGUAGUACCUUUUCUGUUGACUUUUCUUUGCCCUCAGAUCCAUACUGUAAAGCUGGUACAGUGCCUCCUCCAUCCUACCGCAUUCUCACUUCACUCUGAAGCAGGCGAUGGGCUUUUUCAGCAUUUUGGCUACUUCUUGUAAAGACGUGGCACAGCAUUUCCUAUGUUAACGUCGUUCCAGCUGUUUAUAGGUACUCGAAGGGAAUACUAAAGAAGGUAUUGAAUGACGGUUUCUUAUCUGUCAUUUUGUGCCUUUAGAAGUUUCCACCUUGUUCUCUGGCUUAAAGCUUGGCAAUACUUUGCUUUUUAUGCUGCAGUGUUUAUUGUAAACAACUACUACAGCAUGUAAAAAAGCAACUUUGUUUUUUUGUUCCUUUCAUACCUGGCUGAAGCGCUUAGCAGAAAAGCUUUUUAAAACUGUAGCAUUUUGAAAAUGAAAAUUCAUCAAAGCUAGAAUUUUCUUCCUAUUCUUUCUGCACUGAAGGUAACAUUUUCUGUACUUUUCUGCCUAUUAUAAAUUAAGUUGUUCAUCUUGGGGUAUUGUUUGGUCCUUGUACUUUCUUGAACUGACAAUGGUCUUUUCAGCUCAAACCACAUUCAAAUCCAAAUGUUGUUUUAUGAAAGAUUGAUUGGAAAGUAUCCAAAUAUCAUCUAAUUUUAAAGAAUAUUGAAAGUUGUACAGUAGUUUGUCCGGCUCACUUGAAAUUGGAAUUAAAUUAUGGCACCAGCAAAUUGCUUUUGUUUUUUAAUAAGAUGUACACAUUUCAAUUUAAGUAUAAUAAAUGUUUUUCAAUAAUUUUGUAAA